AUGACAUUCGCGACAGUCCACAAUGACAAGUCCACUACAGAGGAUGAGGAACCGAGCGGGGGCUUAUCGGUCGACCAUGCUUCUCUCAAGUAUUCCCUAUUAGGGCCGUCCUUGACCAAGGCUGGGCAAGAUUCUGUUGACCAGUCCAAGGCAAGCUUGCCCCGGAUCCUCCCCUUUCCCCCCUCUCACAAUUUCUCUGUCGUUCUUAAAAUGCAGGUCUCAGAGAUUAUCUACAAUGCCUCGAAAGGGUCUAAAUUCUUCGACCAUGAAGAGGCAAGGGACAAGUUAUUGACUGUCAAAAUCGAGGCUAUUCUCGCAAAGAAACGCCAGCUCGAGGUAUUGGAUCUUAGCCGGGAGCUCCGGGCGGCCGACAACUUACUUGCUCAACUGGAGCUCUCCCGAGACCUCACACAGCAUAUUGUUCACGUCGACUGCGAUGCGUUCUACGCCGCAGUGGAACAGUUGGAUCGCCCAGAGCUCAGAGACCUCCCUUUCGCCGUAGGUGGUGGGGUGCUGACUACUUGUAACUACGUCGCCCGGGAGUUUGGAUGCCGCAGCGGCAUGGCCUGCUUUGUGGCCAAGAAGCUUUGCCCUGAGCUCAUUAUCAUUCCGCUCAACUUUGGCAAGUAUUCCGCAAAGGCCUCCGAGGUCAGGGAGGUGUUGGCAGAGUACGAUCCGCGGUUCGAGAGUACCAGCAUUGACGAAGCAUAUCUUAACAUCACGGAAUACUGCGCCAAGCACAACAUGGAUCCGGCCGAUGCAGUCGCCCAGAUGAGGAGUGAAAUAUUCGAAAAGACGCAAAUCACUGUCUCGGCAGGCAUCGCAGCCAACACACGGUUGGCCAAAAUCUGUUCUAACAUGAACAAACCGAAUGGCCAGUACAUCCUCCCCCGCGAGCGGUCCGUGAUCAUGCAAUUCAUGCGUGAUCUCCCUUGCCGCAAAGUGAACGGCAUCGGCCGGGUUCUUGAGAGAGAGCUUGCCUCGGUGGGCAUGCGUACCUGCGGCGACAUCUAUGUGCAUCGGCAAUAUAUCGAUCGACUAUUCGGUCAAAAGACGCACGAGUUCCUUCUUCGGUGUCAUCUUGGCUUAGGCAGAACAAACGUUCAGCCGGCGGAGGGAUACGAGCGCAAGAGCGUGGGUACGGAGAGAACAUUUCGGGACAUGAGUGACCCAGUCCGGCUGCGGGAGACGCUGCGGCGUAUAGCCGAAGAAUUGGAAGCAGACAUGAAGCGUGCCGAAUGCAAAGGCCGUACGCUUUGUAUCAAAGUCAAGCUUCACACUUUCGAGGUGCUAACGCGGCAAGUUGUGCCACCCAAGGCUGUGUGCUUAGCGGACGAUUUGUACAGCUAUUCACUGCCCAUGUUGGCAAAGUUGGAGCAAGAGAUCCCAAGCAUGAAGAUACGUCUGAUGGGACUAAGGUGUACCCAGCUCGUGAGCACAAAGAAGCCGGACACAAGAGCCUUUUUUGGAUUACGGCCCCAGAAACCGGUUUCCAACGAACUGGGGGAGGAGGGUAGCAACACUGGGGAUGGUCAGGCUGAUGGUAUCAAUCCCCGGCGAGCAACGGGGGAAGGGUUGACUGGGGAGGUUACCGUUGUUCCACGUAGCUCGGAAUCCGGUCAGAACGGGGGACCGGACAGUCCGGGUCCGAUGCAGGAGAUGGAGGAUGUCCCCAACCCUCGCGACAGCCCAUCCGACCCAACUGAGGAGACGCUAUGGGAUUGCCCCGUUUGUGGCUGGCCUCAGCCUGCAGACGAGCGUCAGUUCAACGCGCACAUCGACUUAUGCCUAUCCCGGCAAAUGAUUAAAGAUGCGGUCCAGCAAGGGACGGUCGCACAGCGGCGGUCGCCGCCAGAACAAUCGGAGAGACGAACCUCGGAGAUAAGUAAGGGGAAGGAAAAGAAGAGGGCACGGCCUCGAGAGUCACUAGACCGUCGACAGAAAAAGCUUUGUUUCGGGUAA